AGUUUUUUCUUUGAACAGUAAUAACGCAAAAUGUCUUCGUUCAACUCGCCAGAUAUUUUGAUGCCACUCGACGAAUAUUACGACCAGUGUGUUGUGCCUAAACCGAGAAUUCCAAAACAUUAUGGGUUCCACGUAGAAAAAAGACAACGACAAGCGGCUCGUUUGCAAUCUUAUAGGGAUAACCCGGAAAAUGAUGAAGACGAGCUUGAAGAUGAGGAGGAAGAAGAAGAGAUAGAAGGGCUAAAUUCCUCCAUGGAGGAUUCGAAUAUGAAGCAAAUUUCGUUUGAAACUAAUGACUUUAAUAAGAUUUAUGAAGAAGCUGAAUCGCAAAAUUCCACAAAUAAUGCAGCUCAAGAGCCAAAAACGGAAAUUCCGGCUUCUUCGGCACAGUGGCGCAUAGCACCAAUUAAUGUGAAUCGUCCCCAAGGAGCUGCACCUUUGGUACCAAUGGAUGCUCCGCGUGGUAACCCAAAAGCUGCAAGCUCCGGAUUUCAUGAUAGGAAACAUAAGAAGCGUCGCUAUUAUUGCGUCAACAGUAACAAUAACAAUAGUAAGCAAAAUAACACGAGUACAUUUAACCGUAAUAAUUCUGUACACAGCCGUCUGGGCCAAAUGUCGAACCGCAAUCAACAGCGUGGUAAAAAAGCCACGGGUCAGUGUUUGCGGAACGCGUACAAUGGAUUCAAAAAUAAAUCAGAAAAUAACAAUCUUAUGAAUUUGGAUGCGAAUAGCAUCGUGAAUUUAAAUGUAGCCGAGGUGGCCAAGAAUGCGAUGAUGCUGUUAAGCACUUUUGUUCACAAUGGGGAUGUGCAGCAGCAGCUGUCGCAUUUGCAGAAUACAACCAUUGGACCCGCCAAUGAACCGAAUGGAGUCGAUAUGAACAUUCGACCACAAACCACUGAAUUUCGAAUGUAUCAUCGGUUCAAGUAG